AUGCCGCCAACGUUGUUGCGGAUUCGAGCGAUUGGUGGUCGUAAUGUGACCGCCAAGUCCGGAUUGGCGGGCAUGUUCGAGGCCAAACUGAACCCGUUCGUGGUGCUAGUGGUGGGCAACGACGAAAAGCACUUGGCUGUGGUGAAAAACGUUGGGGCCAAGGAAUUCUCGUGGGGGGACGAUGCCGUGGUCGACUUUGUCUGGCCCGACGCAUCGCCCCCCGAGAUCAAACUGCACGUGAAAGACAAAGACACCAACAAAGACCGAUACCUUGGAGGCGCCAAACUGUCGUUUCCAGUCGACCUUUCAUCCAACGCCCCACAGACGAAACAAAUUGACUUGGAGUUCAGCGACGAAAAGCUCAAGACAAAAAAAGGUCGUGGCCAAGUCACUCUAUCCUUUGAGCGCGUUGUGAGUGACCCGGGGGCUCUGCCAUCAACGGAUGAUUUGCCUAUGAAACCAUCAGUCCCGUCAGUUCAAACUACGGGGAAACGGAUGUUGCGAAUCCAAGCUAUCGGGGGAGCCAACUUGGCCCCCAAGACAGGCCUGGAAAAAAUGAUGGAUGCAGACCCCGACCCCUACUUGGUGAUCACUGUCGCCGGGGUAACCAAAUCGUUCCCCGAAUUGAACAACGUCAAGACGAAAGAGUUUGUGUGGGGCCACGACGCUGUCCAGGAAUAUGAGGUGGCGAACGAUGCGAUAGAUGUGGUGCUGCAUUGCAAGGACAAGGAUACGCUGAAAGAUCAUUACAUUGGCGGGACGCAAUGGUCAUGGAACAUGGCUGACAUGCUGGUCACUCCAACGUGGAAGCAAACGGUGGACUUGGACUUCGCCACGUCAGACUUCAAGACCAAAGCCAAGGAAUCAAGAGGAAGAAUCUACCUGAGCUGCACCCUUAUUGAUCCAAAUCCCCCCGCCAAGCCUACAGAACCAUUGAAGGAAUCGACUAUAGCGCAUUCGAACCAGAGUAACGCAGAGGGAAAAACCGCCACUGAUACACCCAGCGGGCAAGCGGCUCCAACGUUUGUAGGGAUCAACCAAACUCCAGCUCAAGCGACAUCGUCCACAGAACUGUCCAGUCCAGUAGCAGGCACUGACCGUCCAGAGUCAAAGGCGACAACCUCUUCCACUGCCAAGGUUCCCGGUCAGCAAGUCAAUGCGGCGAGCAAGCGCAUUUUAAGAGUUCAAGCUGUCGGUGGAGCCAACUUGACUCCGAAAACGGGCUUGCAACACCUGAUGGACGCUGACGCGGACCCCUACUUGGUGAUUACAGUCGCUGGAGUAACCAAAUCGUUUCCCGAGUUGAACAACGUCAAGACAAAGGAGUUUGUGUGGGGCCAAGACGCUGUCGAGGAAUUUGAAGUUGCGAACGACUUGGUGGAUAUGGUGCUGCACUGCAAAGACAAGGAUAUGCUCAAAGAUCACUACAUCGGCGGGACGCAGUGGGUGUUGAACAUGGCUGACAUGUUGGCCACGCCGACAUGGAAGCAAACGGUGGACUUGGCCUUCGCCACACCAGACUUCAAAACCAAAGCCAAGGAAUCAAGGGGUAAAAUUCACCUGAGUUUUACCCUUAUUGAGCCAGGAGCACCCCCAGUGAAGAAGACUACAGAACCAUUGAAUGCUUCAAUGUCAGAAAAUUCGAAGCAGAGCCCGGUACCUGCCAGCGAGGCCGGGUCCAAAACCUCUACCGAGUCAUCGACUGCACAACGAACCCAAGAUUGUCCACCAAGCGACCCUCCGAGCGCGAUAAUAACGCCAAUGACGACCAAAACUGCCGCUACAGUACAAUCCACUACAGAUGACAAGCCAACCAACCUGUCCAUCAGCGAGCCCCCGGUGCAAAUGACUUUGCCCUUGAAUAUCGACGCUACAACCAGGAAAUUCAAACGGACACUCAAGGUGCAAGCUGUGGGGGGAAGCAACUUGGCCCCCAAAUCCGGCAUCGAGCGCCUGAUGGACUCGGAGCCCGACCCGUACCUGAUUGUCGUGUUGGGCAAAACCACGAAGCUGUAUCCGGUGGUGGACAACGUCAAGACAAACGAGUUCGUGUGGGGCGCGGACGCCGUCCACGAUUUCGACGUCCCUUGCAACGACCAAGACAUCGCCUUGUCGAUUCAUUGCAAGGACAAGGACUUGCUUCUGGACCACUACAUUGGCGGCGCCCACGUCACGCUCCCCAUCACUUUGUUUGGGUCGUCGAAAUCCCUCUUGCGACAUCGAAUUUCCCUCGACUUCUCCGACGCCAGUUUCAAAACCAAGGCCCCCAAGUCCCGAGGUGACCUAGUUCUGUCCUUCUUUAUCGUGGACGAACCCCUGCCUGAACCCACCAAAGUACCCCCUCUUCGAACCCCCCCGUCCCCUCGCAGGGCCACGCUGAGCGCUCGACUGUACAAGGGUAACCUGCGGUUGAUUGCUCAUGGGGCCAAGGGACUGACACUGCCCCCUCGCCAAGUCGGAGUGGUGGACAAACGAGCUGACCCGUACGUUGUAUUCCAGCUGGGCACGGAGAGAAUUGCGUGCCCAGAAGCCAAGGACGGCCACACGGCGCCGUCCUGGGCAGACGCCACUCACACGUUUGCCAUCGACACUGGCCAGCAUUCGUACGUGGACAUCUUGGUUCUCGACAAAAAGCAAGACCGGUUCAUGGCAGCUACCCGCUUGCGACUGGUCGAGUACUUGGCGCCGCUUACGAAUCAAAUCAAAGCCACGGUUGUGGUCAAGCUCGACUGCGACCAGUCGAUGCAUUCGUCCGUGGGGAGGAGUGGAGAGUUGCAGCUGUCGCUCUUGUUUACGCCGUGGGGCCCCAAUCUAGUCACAUGGAAAGGGGCCACCGUGGGGCACAUUCAGCUCUCCCAUUUGUCAGUGUCCAACUACGCAGACGUGCUCUCGAGCGACCAAGAGAUUCAAUUGGAAAUUUCCCUUCGCCGGCAUGUGUCUGCCGUCCAAGGCUACGUAACAUGUCAAACCACGACGAUUCAGCCCAUCUCGUCCAAGCCCAACACCCCCAUGGCAUGGCCGGACCAACUGUUGUCGAUCCCUUACGCCAUCUUUCUCCACGAAAACAUGACCAAGGACAAGUGUCCUGUGGUCGUCUUUGCCCUGCAUGACAAGCAUGCCAUUGCACAGGACAAGCCACUGGUUCAGAACGCUCUCAGCUUACUCGACCUCUUGGGUUUAAACGGAACCAAGCAGUUGCCGCUGCUACACCCCAAACUUCCUGGACGCGUCUCGCUUGCGUUUACUGUCGCCACCACCACCUCCCUCACGUCAAAUCCAGGGACCGCCUUUGCUUCCACCCCCGGGACGUUGCGACUGUUUGUCCUAGGGGCCCACUCGCUCUCAAAUGUCCUCACGUGGCAGAAAGUCACAGCCGUGGUGACGGCCAAAUCGUGUUUGUGGGGGCGCGGGGACUGUGUCUUGGACGAAGUCGAUGCCACCCCCGAGAGGCUCGUGGUAUGGAACAGCACAUAUGAAGCCCAGUACCUUCCUGCCCAAGUCAAGAGUGCCGACACAUAUACGUUGCAAAUGGACAUUCUGGUCGGAGCCAAGGGUUUGGGUCCGCUAGACUUGCCCGUGCUGGCCUUGUUGCACAAACAUGGGACUCGAGAGUUUACCAUGGAUGUCGUUCAAGACAACCUGCUCGUGUGUCGAGUGGUGCUGGCGUUGGGGUUUGACGCGAUGGUACCUAAGCCAGACAUCGUGUCGCCCCGCACAUCGUGUGUGGACUUUGGCCCGGGGAUCCUCCAUCUCGUGAUUUACAAAGCCGAAGGCCUCGUCCCGGAUGGAAACAUUGCCGUUGACGACAUCGACCCCGAAGUUCGUGUGGCGUUGAAGCCACGCCCCACGAUAAAAAAAAAGGAUGGUCGAUCCAGUGCCAAGACGCGUCCGCUGGAGAACGCCGGUGGGGAUCCAGUCUGGAACGAGUACCUAAAACUCGAUUACUCUCCCAACAAAGACCCAACCGCGCCCCAAGUGUCGCCCAUGGUGGUCUUUUCCAUCAACGAUAUUCAAAUGCCAGGGGAAACGGCGGAAAUGAACGUCGUGGGGGUGGCCGAAGUGCCGCUCGCAGCGUUUGUCGUGGCCAAUUCCGAGUGCAAGUUGUUUUCGUCCAAACUUUUGCUUGAACGCAACGGGCAGCGAACAGGCACGUUGGUCAUUGCAGGCAUUUACGAAUCGAAAACAGCCCCAGAAGCCGUGCGCAACGGCUGCCAUAACCAGGGCCAAAAGCUACGCCUGGCGACCCCCUCCUCCCUCACCAACUUUGUCGAAUCUAGUUACUGCGCAGGUCGCCUCGAUAUCCACGUGGCGUUGGCUAAAGAUUUGAACCAGAACCCGCAGCUUCCCUAUCGAUGCGAGCUGUGUCUGAGCUCCCAUGUUGACGACCGAGUGUCACUGCUGUCACGGCACACGGACACGACCGACAUUGUAUGGGACAACCAACUGACGCUGUAUACGCAAACGGCCAAAGCAGACUUUCUUCGUGUGGAUCUCUUUCAAAGCCACACGUUGAUCGGCUGGUCGAAAAUUCCGCUGUCCACGUACAGCCAAGAGCCCACCAAGGCUUUUCGAGAGUACCACGACGUGGUUCUGACUUCGAAAGACAAGUCGACAGUCUUAAAACCCAGGAUCAUGCUCGAGCUGUCAUUUUUCACCGACCAAAGCCUGCAGACAUUUGUCCAUCGCACCGCGUCCACUUCUGGGGUCCUUUACGUCACACUGGAUAGCUUUGACAGCCGACACGUGGCUCAGCUCAUGAACAAGAAGCUGUCGCUCCGAGUGACGUUGCUCAACGCCACUGCGACGGAAUCAGAUCCAGACUCAUCGAAGCAAGUCGCGAUCUUUCCGUUUCGCGUGAUCACCGAGUCCAAAGUGCUGUGGCACUACACCUUGGCGCUGGUGUGUCCGCCAGACUUGACGAAGCAAACCGCAGCCCAAGGAACGUGCCCCCUUCUGCGUUAUGAGCUUCUGGACGGCAGCUCCGCGUUUGGGAAAGAUGCGAUUGCCAGAGAUGAUUUGUCCAUCCAGGCUCUUCUCUUGACCCCAAACGCCGUGCUCACCAAGCGACUGCCCAACUCGACCAUUGCUGCCGAGAGGGAACCCCUCGGGUUUACAAAAUUGCGGCUAGUGUAUGUUCCCGGGUCAUCCACGCCCCCCACUAUGGACAUGAACAAAACUGACGAAUCACGACGUGCUUUCCACGCCCAGUUCACUGACGUGCUUCCCCCCAAUCGGGGUGUGUUGUCCUUACGUAUCAUUUCCGGCCGGAACCUCGCCGAUGUCGAUGCUCUCGGCGACCAAGACCCGUACGUCCAGCUUGGCAUCGACCCGCCGUCGUACCAAUUGCCACCUGGCAGCAUCAUCCACGCCCAGAGCGGUGUCUGCGUCAACGGCGGCAGACAUCCGCAGUGGAAUUCGCCCGUUUACACUUUGACCAUCCACGACUCGAACGUGGAGGCGGUGACCAUUCGUGUGUUGGAUUCUGGCGAAGAGGACAACGUGCCAGACGCGGUGAUCGGCUCGUGUCAGUUGAGUGUAUAUUCGUUGAUUCACAUGGCAGAGAAUAACGACAGGAACCCCCCGACGCAGCGGUGGAACGAAGGCUGGUUUACCCUCUAUCAGGACCAAGAACCUGCCGGCGACUUGCGACUCGAGUACCGAUUCGUGCCUGAGAACGCCACCCGCGUGCGCUUGGAACCCCCGACCAAGUACAUCAAUUGCCUCGGCGGACGCGGUAAAAUGGCGGUCAAAGUGAUAUCCGGAGCCAAUUUGCCGUGUGUGUCUGGCAUGAUUCCAGCGGUGCGGAUAUUCGUUGAAAGCACACGGUUUGAACAUGUGACACAGCCUGAGAAACGGAACCUCGUGAAUCCACAGUGGAACGAAACGAUUCUAUUUGAUGUCGAGUGGACGCCAGAACUCACGACCCCUCAUACUGUCCGCGUCGAAGUCGUGGAUCUGGGGGGAGGUACCUCUAACCACCUACCGAUCUUAGCCCAUUGUACGAUCAACGUUGCAGCAUUUGCUAUCCACCCCCUGGAAACCCAUUACGGGCGAUACGAACUAACUACUUUUCAGCUGCAGAAACGAUCGAGGGAACCAUCGUCCCUGCAUCUGGCGGUUCAGUUUCUACCUUUGGACACCACUGCUGUCCCCUUGGACGACCCGUUUGUGCCGCCAGAGGCCGGCCAGAUACAUGUCAAUGUCGUGUCCGCAGCGUUUCGAACCAACGACGCGUUUCGGCCGUUCGUUCGGUGCUCGCUACGUCAUGACGUGGCAUUCUGUCAGACCAAAUCCACGCCUUCGUGUGUGUCUGACCUGGACGAGUACACGUUUUGCGAGUGGACGUCCCCGCUCUUGUUUGACUUUACACCAUCCGACAAGGCAAACGUCCUGCCGUCGUUGGAUGUGCAGAUGCUCUGCCAACCCGAGGCAAUUGCUGGUGGUGAUGCCGACAAAAGUAGUACUUGUCUGGUUCUCGGCGAACUGGCUAACAUUCCGCUGUUCCCGUUUGUGCUGCACAAAGGCCAUGUCAACGUCGUGUGGUACCCCGUGUACUGCAAAUCCACGCUGGUGGCCCAGCUCAAGCUCGAAAUCCAGUUCCUCAAGACAUCCCCCGUCCCGAAAGCCACCUUCACGGACGUGUUGACCGUCCAAGUGCUGGAAGGUCGGGCGUUGUGGUCGGCCCAGGACGCCAGCAAGGACGCCGACGGCGACAAUGACGCACAAGAUCCGUUCGUGGAGCUCGAAUUCCUCGGCCAUCGCGUGAAGACCAAAGCCCAUGUGGAUGGGGGCACCGACCCGUCGUGGCAAGAAACGUUUGAGCUGCCCUUGUUGGGGCUAGACCCGUCGAUUCUGCCGGUGUUGACUUUGAAAGUGUGCAACCAAGACAUCAAGCGACUAGGCGACGGGGUCAUCGGCACCUGUCGAUACGUGGUGCCCACAGAAGUCGUGCGCGACGGCAAACUCCGGGACGUGUGGCUGACCUUGUCGUCAAGUGGGUCCAAUAUGGGAUCGAAGGAUAGCGAUUUGGACUUGGGGAAGAUCCAUGUGCGCUUGAAGCGUGGCCACUUGGACACUUGUGGGUUGUUUGUCGACACGGUCAACGUCAGCUCGGCAGGGGAAGACACGAAAGAAGCGCCGAAUUUAGCGGGGGUGCUGUACAUAUUUGGCCCAACAUCGCUGGACGUUCGAGCCGCGUUGAGGCGUCCAACGUCCUCGUCCGGAGAGGCAACGACAUCGUUCUGCCUGGCAGACAUGGGGGUCCUUCCCGUGCCGUGGCAGGACGAGCCUCUCAAGCGUCACUUCCCCCACACCGACUUGACGUUGACGGUCGACGUUCCCAAGACUGGCCAACAACUCACCAUGACAGCCGACGAAGUGCAAGCUGUCUUUCGCACUCCGCGACGGGAAUUUCUUCGGUCGAGCGACGACGAUUCAACGGGCAAAACAAACGCCGCCAGCGUCAAGGCGGUCGAGUUCAGUGUCUUGUACAUGGCACCGACCCAAGGCCUCGUUCAGGUGUCCAUCGCUCAGAUCGACGGCGUGGCUGUCAGACAUGGAAACGCGUACUACGUCGAGUUUCGCGUGCUGCGCAACAGUCCGUGGGUCAAGUCCCCGAUCACGAAAGCGACGAGCGAAGACAAGUCCGAGGAUCCGUCUUUAGUGGUGUGGAAGUCUCACGUAUGUCGGGAGCUGCAGUACUCCAACUUUAGGGAACACAUGCCCCCCACUCUCCAGCUCGUCGUGUACACCCAGGACAAUCCGUCGUCAACGUGGACCAAACUCGCGUUUGGACAGCUGAAUUUGUUACAGUACAUUGCGUCGCCGUCGCAGUACCCCACCGAAACCAUACCACUCACUUGUGUGGGAAAGAACGGAAGCAAUGCCAAAGCUAUUGCGGCCAUUGGAUUUAUCCCGGUGGUCGUGACCUCUCAAGAUGACGCGGAAGCUAAGGCACUUCAACUCGCCGCGGGCACGGCUGCGAUGAAAAAGUCGUUUCAGAGUCUUGGUGGCGACGAAGCCACACCGCUGGACAUUGCCACGUUGCAAGCCGCUGCCACCAACGACGAGAAGUGCAUGCAUAUGCUUGCAAAGGCGGCCGCUUUGGUCGGUGGAAUGGAUGCAUUGUUUACCGCUAUGGACACAAACAAGGACGGCAAAAUAUCCUGGGAAGAGUACUUGGACAGAAUGCAAAUCGUGCAUGCGUUGGCAGACGAAGCGUCGACAAAACCGGCCACUUUACAGCCGUCCAAUCCAGGCAACGACGACGAAAGCCAGGACGAAAGCGACGAACAACUUGACGAGGAGCCAGAGGCAAAACAAACUGCGACGACGCUGUCGUAUCAGCCGUGGAGGCCCCCCAUACCCCAACAACCAGGGCGAGUCCACGACAGCGACAACGAUGACGACGAGGAGAUAGAGGCCAUGAUGUCGUUAAAGGCGGCGGCCAAAACCCCAUCGCCUAAUUCAGCGAUUUCACCCAUGGUGGCCCUUCCCCCGAACGAAAUCGUGACCAAAUUGACAGGUCCCAGGACUAUAGCACCCCUGAAACCCCGAGCGAAGGGCCCGGACGAGGCAGCAUGGACGACGUGGAAGGUGGACGACGUUAGUACGUGGCUCGAAGUGGAACUGGAACUUCCGCAGUACGUUGGAGCGUUUGCCGACGCCUCGGUCGAUGGCAACCUCUUGUUGAGUUUAACUCCAGACGACAUCGACCAACAUUUCAAUAUCCAACAGCCCUUGCACCGACGGAAAUUGAUUGCACGGAUUCAGCAACUUCAGCAGAAAUUUGGUGGUCUAGCUGUUACGACUGCGUCUGCGACCAUUUGCGAUGACGAACUGCCCAAUCCGACCCAUCGUUUGCCUCAAGGCGACCCCAAUCCUGUUCAACUCGGGGCAGAAUCUGAUCGACAGACAAUUAAACGUCCCACCAAAGCAGCGCCACGAGUAGUGGUAGACCUCAACGCAAAAGGACAGCACGAAGUCGAGCGCUCAAAGUUGGCGUUCAAAGCCCAACGCAAGAAAAAACAGCAGCGCCACGACCAGGUGCAGACCGACCACGCCACAAAGCGAUGGACGUUUGAGUACACUGGGGAAGCCAAGCCCACCCGCGUGCAAACCGCGAUCGAAAAGGUCGCGUCUGUGCUAGCCAAAGACGAACAAGCUAUCUCUGGCUACGAAGGCGCGAUGCAGGACGCGCUCAAGCAAGUCGUACCCUCACGACUUCACAUUCCACUUGUGGCCAACACGGACGAGAUCGUCGAAGUCGUCAAACAAGCGAUUUGGAGGCACGCGGAAACGUUGUCGGUGGCAGCGACGCACCAAGCGGCGAUAGACAAGGACGCGUCGAGCGAUUUUGGAGACGACGACGACGAGGCGACCGAGGACAUGAAGCAUCCAACGUCGAGCCUCGAGCUCGUGUUUUUGGAACUGUGCGCGUUGAAAAACAACGGCGCACGGUGGCUCCAUGAAAAUGCGACACUGUCGCGACUUAAGUUCGAAGGGGGCUUGCUGGCAAUGCUGGGGAUUCACAUGUCGUGGCAUCAAUUUGACUUGCUCUUUCGACGGCUGGACACAGCUAACCAGGGGGAAAUAUCGUGGACGGCAUUCUCGGCGGCAUUUGGGGACCCGAUUCCUGGGAACGCCAUGAGCAAUGACAUGUUAGCUGUCAAGGAAGGCUUGGUGCUGAUGCUUGAAAGACUUGAAGAACACGAGCUGACAUUGCAUCAAGCAUGGCAGGCAUUCGACAGAGACAACUCGGGUGCUAUUUCAGUGGCGGAGUUUUCGACGCUGAUCAAAUUUCUCACCCACAAGGAGGGCGUGGGUAGCUUGUCCAAACAUCAAAUUUACUUGAUGAUGGCGACUCUAGAUGUGUCAUACGACCGAUGCAUUCAGUACCCUGAGUUUAUGAAAUUCAUCUACAUUGUGUGGUCGCAUCGGCUCUUGCAACUCCAGCAGUAUCUGAGCCACAAAGAUGAAAACCCGACAGAGUCGCACCAUCGUGACGUGGUCAAUCGCAAGGUCCAGCUGCGAAAGGCCCUGCGGACGAACUUUAGCCGCCCAUUUCGCGACGCUAUGCGAUGCAGCCCUGUGGCUAUUCCAGGGCCGUUCCAAGGCCUGCUAGCAAAGUUCCACUUGCAACCGCCCAAUGCGGACGGCCACAUGCAAAUAUGGCAGGUGCUGAAAGGCGAAGUUAGCAGUCGUAGCAACGCGCCAGCUCAAGUGGCACCAAAGCCAGCCAAACAUAAGAGAGGUACGACGGCACAUGUGUUGCCGACAAUUAGCUGUGAUGCCUGUAGCCACUGGCCAAAAUACGCUGGCCUUGACCAAACUUACACGGCAGCAACCUCCGAAACGAGGCAAUUGUGUGCUGCGAGCCCCCGCUCAAGUCAGCUUGGAUGGCGAUCAAGAACUCAUCUACGACAACAAGUCGCAAAAGCUCAGCCAAGGCAAUGUUCGCCGAGUCAAGAGCGAAAUAUAAACUUUUUUCGCGCAAUUCAACCAAAUUUUGACCGACAACUACCAACGCAAUAUUAGACACCUUUAUUAGCAAACAGAGCAAAUCUCUAAAGUAGCAACCGGUG